ACACAACAGAAAAACUCCUCUUUUUUUUUUUAUUACUCUCUCUCUCUCCCCAAAGCACCUGUAAGCUCCUUUAGUUGGUGGUCUCUCAGAUCUAACAGCAAUAUCAAUCCGAGCACCCUGUCUCUCUGUUCUCUCUGAACCUGAAUCGCUGAAGAAACGACAUUAUUUCGGAUUCAUAAUAAUUGGCAUUAAUGUUGAGAAUGGCGAGGUCGUUCCCUGAGGAGGUGCUGGAGCACGUGUUCUCAUUCAUACACAGCGACAAGGACCGGAACGCGAUUUCGAUGGUGUGCAAGUCCUGGUACGAUAUAGAGAGGUGGUGCAGGAGGAGGAUUUUCGUCGGAAACUGUUAUGCGGUUAGUCCGCCAAUGGUGAUUCGGAGAUUUCCCGAGUUGAGAUCGAUUGAGCUCAAAGGGAAGCCUCACUUCGCUGACUUCAAUCUGGUCCCCGACGGUUGGGGUGGUUAUGUUUACCCGUGGAUCGCGGCCAUAGCUACAGCAUACCCCUGGCUCGAGGAGAUCAGUUUGAAGAGAAUGGUGGUUACCGAUGAGACUUUAGAGCUGAUUGCUAAGUCCUUUAAGAAUUUCAAGGUUUUGGUGCUCUCUUCCUGUGAGGGUUUCUCUACUCAUGGACUUGCUGCCAUUGCUUCCAAUUGCAGGAAUCUGAGGGAGCUGGAUUUGCGGGAGAGUGAGGUGGAUGAUCCUAGUGGGCAUUGGUUGAGCCACUUUCCUGACUCAUUCACGUCACUGGUGUCCCUUAACAUUUCCUGCUUAGGGUCUGAGGUGAGUUUAUCAGCCCUGGAGCACCUGGUGGGUCGGUGCCCCAAUUUGAGGACUCUUCGGCUCAACCGUUCAGUGCCUCUUGACAGGCUUGCUAACAUACUCCGCAGGGCACCCCAGCUGGUAGAGUUGGGCACAGGCACCUACUCAGCUGAGCUGCGGCCUGAUGUUUUCUCAAGCCUAGCUGGGGCCUUUUCUGGGUGCAAGGAACUAAAAAGUUUAUCUGGGUUUUGGGAUGUGGUCCCAGGUUACCUUCCAGCGAUUUACCCUGUUUGUUCAAGCCUAACAUCAUUGAACUUGAGCUAUGCCACUAUCCAAAGCCCUGAUCUUGUUAAGCUUGUUAGUCCGUGUCAAAGUUUGCAGCGCUUGUGGGUACUGGAUUACAUUGAGGAUAUUGGACUUGAAGCUAUUGCAGCAUUUUGCAAGGACCUGCAAGAGUUGAGGGUGUUCCCAUCUGAUCCAUUUGCCUUGGAACCAAACGUAUCCUUGACAGAACACGGCCUCGUCUCUGUUUCUGAGGGCUGUCCUAAGCUCCAUUCUGUUUUGUACUUUUGCCGCCAAAUGACUAACGAUGCCUUGGUAACAAUUGCCAGGAACUGUCCAAAAAUGACUCGCUUUCGACUUUGUAUUAUUGAACCACGAACCCCUGAUUAUAUAACCCUUCAGCCAUUGGAUGAUGGUUUUGGAGCUAUUGUUGAACAUUGCAAGGACCUCCAGCGCCUUUCUCUGUCAGGUCUCCUCACUGAUCGUGUGUUUGAAUAUAUUGGAACUCAUGCCAAAAAGCUAGAGAUGCUAUCUAUUGCUUUUGCUGGAGAUAGUGAUCUGGGACUCCACCAUGUGCUAUAUGGGUGUGAAAACCUUCGCAAACUAGAGAUUCGAGAUUGCCCCUUUGGGGACAAGGCUCUUUUGGCCAAUGCUGCAAAGCUGGAGACAAUGCGAUCCCUUUGGAUGUCUUCUUGCUCAGUGAGUUUUGGUGCAUGUAAGCUACUAGGUCAGAAGAUGCCUAGCCUCAAUGUUGAAGUUAUUGAUGAGAGGGGACCUCCAGAUUCAAGACCAGAAAGUUGUCCUGUAGAGAAACUUUACGUUUAUAGGACUGUUGCUGGGCCUCGAUUUGACAUGCCUGGUUUCGUUUGGACAAUGGAUGAAGAUUCUGCAUUGAGGUUUUCUUGACAGAUUUCUAUAUUUUCCCACUUCUGCCUCCUUGCCAGUGGUGAAUAGAUAUAGCAGUUACAUGCUCCAAAUGCUACUCAUUGUUGCACACUUAAAUUUCAGUAGCUUGAUACAAAUGCAGCCCCAUUGGACUGGGAACAAGAAUGGACGGUAUACUGAGGCUUGAGAGCUUAAUUGCCAUCCUAUUUUACUCUUUGGCUGAGCUACUAGUUAGCAGUUGGUGAUUAAUAAAGAGAUGGAAACUUGAAUUUGUUGUAGCAUGUAUUAAUCAGACUUUUUAUUUAAUUCAAGGUAGUUGUCGUGUAUACUAUUUGCGGACUUGAA